GCGGGCCCCGCCGGGCCUCCUCCUCCUCCUCCUUUUCCUCUUCUUCCUCCCUCCCACCGCUUCUUCUUCUUUUCCUCCUCCUCCUCUUCUUCUUCCUCCUCCUCUUCUUCCUCCGCUCCGCCGGGCAAUGAAAAGCUGCUUCUGCCUGAAACGGGGGAGCCGCCACCAGCCGCCAUCAGCAGCACCCCGGGCAACAGAUCCGUCCACCAUGCCCGAGGUUAGAGAGCUCACCGAUGCUUUGGCCAACGUGCCUAUGGAUCCCAUCACCGGCGUUGGCGUCGUAGCCUCCCGGAGCCGAGCACCAACCAAUUACGACGUGGUUGCACAAACAGCAGAUGGCUUAGAUGCUGAUCUUUGGAAAGAUGGCUUGUUCAAAUCCAAGGUCACACGAUAUUUGUGCUUCACACGGACUUUCUCCAAAGAGAACAGUCAUUUAGGUAAUGUCUUGGUUGACAUGAAACUCAUAGACGUAAAAGAUACUUUGCCUGUCGGCUUCAUCCCGAUUCAAGAAACUAUGGAUACACAAGAAACUGCUUUUCGGAAAAAGAGGUUGUGCAUUAAAUUUAUUCCCCGGGAUUCUACAGAGGCCGCCAUUUGUGAUAUCCGGAUCCUUGGCCGAGGCAAACAAACUCUUCCACAGUAUACGUACAUUGGGGAAUUGAACAACAUGGGGAUCUGGUAUCGGAUGGGGAAGGUCCCUCGAAACCAUGAAUCAUCUCAGCCUACCACACCUUCUCCACAAGCACCAGCCACAACACCAGCUGCCAACCUUCCCAGACAUAUAUCCUUGACGCUUCCCGCCAGUUUCCGAGGGAAGGGGCACGGCACUCGGCCAGAUUUUGAAUAUCAGCACUCCAAUUUAUAUGCCAUUUCAGCGAUGGAAGGUGUGCCUUUUAUGAUCUCAGAGAAGUUUGCCUGUGCUUCCGAAGGGAUGCAGCCUGUUGACCUCCUGGGAAUCACAAUUAAAUCUUUGGCUGAAAUUGAGAAAGAGUAUGACUACAGCUUCCGGACAGAACAGAGUGCUGCGGCCAGACUGCCUCCCAGCCCUACAAGGUGCCAGCAGUAUCCACCCUCCUGAAGUAUCUCAACUCCUUGGAGUAUAACGCACACACAUACUACUGAGAAGCGAAAGGAUUUUCUUCUUCCUCCUCCUCCCCUCCUCCUCCUCCUCCCCUCCUCCUCUACUUCUUCUCCUCCUCCUUCUCCUUCUCCUUCCCCUCCUCCUCUAUCAUCAUAGUCUUCUUCUCCUUCUUCUCUUUCUCCUCCUCCUCCUUCUCCUCCUUCUCCUCUAUCAUCAUAGUCAUCUUCUCCUUCUCCUCCUCCUUCUCCUCCUCCUCCUCCUCCUCCUCCUCCUCCUCCUCUACCUCUCCUCCUCCUCCUCCUCCUCACUUUGUAACCUUCCCCCCCAACCCUUCCUGUCCUUGACAAGCAGUAUUAAUGGAGGCCCUUCCAGCAAAAGACACACGAAGCCUUGAUUUUUUUUUUGUUCUUCCCCCUCUGCCAUUGCUUUCCCCCCUCCUUCCUUUAUUCAAAAUAACUGGAUAGCAUUUCUUUCCCUCUCUCUCUCUCUCUUUUUUUAAAAAAAUUUUUUUUAUACCAACUUGUCCUUGCUGGUUUGCAAGUCUUGACUCAGCUCCUCGAGUCUGUUCGGACAACAGCCCUAACUCUGAAGAUUCCCCCCCCCCCGGGAUCACCCCCCCCCUGCCUCGUGACUGAAGAGACCUAGAUUUCCGUGGGGGACUUUCUGUCUGUCGCGUUUUAUUUAUUGUGGGUUUUGUGGCUGAGGUUUGAUCGUUGAUUCCGUCUGAAGAGCUGCUCCAACUCAGCUGAAGUGUCUUCUACUAAACUGGUCGAUUUUUCUUGAAACCAGAAACAUAUCCUUUUUAAGGUGUUGUUUGUCACACCCGACUGGCUUUAUCUGGCGUUCCCCAGAGCUAGGAAGAGCCAUCCUGUAUCUCACCAGCGGUGUCACUUUUCUUCAGCACUGAUUUCUAAAAGGGUUUCCAUGUUGCUUUUACCAUGCAACGCACACCCCUUUCCUUGUGGAUAGAAGCAGCUUCAAAUGUAUUGCCUGAACUGGACGUCUGUUGGUUUGGGUUUUUUUGGGGAAAUUCUCUUCCCCGAAUCCUUUCCCCGAGUUGAUGAUCAAAGCGAUCUUUUUCAUCAAUAGGCAACUUCAUUUCUGAGCCUUUAAAAAAAAAAAAACAUGAUUUAUAACCUGAUCUUUUUUUGCAAAAGGUCUGGAAGGUCUAAGAAAUCUCUUCUGCACAAGUUUUGAAUCCUUUCUUCUGUUAUAAACUGUUCGAUUUAGCAAAAGAAGGAGCUGUCCAUCUAACCUGCUUACGGUGAAACAGACCAUGAUAUGUUGUUCUUGAAGCAAGAGCUUGGGAAAAAAGAAACCCAACAUUGAUUCAUAAUGAGGCCAGUCUAAUGUAAGCCGCAGCCCAUGACUGCAGAAUAUACACCCUGGUGCAACUUGUCACUCAAGCUUAAAUUAUUUGGGGAAACCUGUGUGAAUGUCCGUGCUGCUUUGUGUGUGUGUGUGAUUUUGGUGCCAGAGAACAAAUGCUGUGUUAUACAGACAAAAAAAAGAGAACAAAUCAUUUCUUCCCCUUUUCAACGAUUUCUUUGAUUUAAAAAAAACAAAAACAAACAACAGGUGGAAAGGUUCCAGUAUGUCACGUGUAAAUAAAUACUAAUUUCUCUAAUGGUAUUAAAAUGCAAUUGCCCUGGUUAUAUGGACCUGCAACUGCUCCUGAGGUUAGUUUAGCUUAUUCUGGAGUAGUCUAUUCAUAGCAAAUAGGGGUAGUUGUACUGCAUAAAAUGGAUAUGCCUUCCAAUCCUUCCCCCCCCCCACCCAUCCAGAAGUUUAUAAAUUGCAUUUUUCAAGAAAAGGCAAACCUAGAUGUCUGUCAAAUUGUUUGGAUGGUGGCUCUGUCGGCAGCUGUUCAACCUUUCUACCUUUCUCUUAGCAAUGUAUGCCUCAAUUUCUUUACCAUCUUUUUUUUUUUUUUUUGGUUUUGCCAAAGCUUUUCUGUUCUCACAGUCCGUUGUGGCCAACCACCAAACUGCCUUUCUCUGCCCCCCCCCCACAAAGCAGAGGAAAUUCAUGAAGGCAUUAAAUAGGUAAGAGGCCCCUGCUUUAGGCAGCUCCUGAAGGUAUUUUGGAAACCAAUACUGAGACAAUGACUUGAUCUUGAAUUAAGUCUUGAAGCGAGGCGUUAGGAAAGCAUCUCAAGAAAAACAGAUCUGAGAUUAAAACAGUUUUAAAAAGUGUUUUCCGGUUAACAGAAUGGAAAGACAGCUAAUUAUUUGAUGACCGGAGUGUGUGAGCUGAAUCUGGUUGAGGAAUGCCACCAAGUUCGAAAAGUCAGGCCGAAUGAAAUUGAUUUGGAAAUCCAUUCUUACUUACUUUAUAACCUAGAUCGCUAAAAUGUCCUAUCUUUGGAUUCUGGAAGGUGCAUGGAAACAGUUCAGGCCAGCCUAGUUUUUAUCCUCUCACUCAGAACUUCUUAAUUUCUGCUUUCUUCUGUGGCCUUCAAAACCUUGGGAAGGAGUUCUCCUCAACAACCUCUUUUCGGAGUGAUGCAGAUAUCCCACCUCUUCUCAACAGCUGUGUGUGAAGAAGAGAUCUUGGCCUAGUUCAUUUUUUUUUUUGCUUAAUUAUUCUGUCUCGCUAGAUGGGUUUCCUUCCAUAAAGUAGCAAAAGAGAUUUCCCUGCCUCCAAAUUUUGGAGAAGUACCACCGGGUAAAUUGAAACGAGCCUGAAUUCAUCCUCUUGGCUUUGGAUUCAAAGCAAUGCCCUGGGUGCUUAGAAAAGGAGAGGAAGUCACCAUCAGCCAUUGCAUGGACUCCCAAGAGGAAAGUUGCCAGGGGUUCUUCUUCCUGUAAGAGGGGGGAAAAAAUUAACCCAACCAAUGCACCAGGAUGUAAAAGGAGCCAAAAUGGCACCUUCAAAACAGCUUUGAAUUCAAGGUUACAAUUGUCCUUGUUUGCAAUUGGUAUCUUUCAAUAUUCUGAUGUAGGUUUUGAAUUCUUGCCCCCCCCCCCUUUAAUCUGGUAAGAAGACACUGACAGACAAUGCAUGUUCUGUCAAGUUCUGAAGUUCCCGUCAGUUUCCAUCCAACAGUUCUUGGACGGCUGCUUCUCCAACCCCCUACUCAUCCCAUGGAUAGAAUACAAUUUAACUUUUUUUUUUUUUAACAGAGGAAUGCUUAAGUACAAAACGUCACCAGGGUUAUCGCUGCAUCCUCUUUAAAAAAUACAAAUAUACAGACUGCCACUGAUGAUUCCCAGGCGUUACCAUGAAACUUAAUUCUUCCAUAACAUCAGCCUUUUUUAACAUGGUAUUCGGCCUCCUGACAGUACUGAUAGACAUAUUUAUUUCUGUGUUUGGGAUGUAUACAUGUAAUGCCAGUCCCGUAGUAUUUUAUGUUGUUCCCACCCCUUUUCCAUAUAUUUCUCUUUAGAUAAAUGCAGAUACGAGCCUCUGAUUUCCAGGCAGAGAUUGGUAGGAUCAGACAGAACUGAAACCCAACUUCAGAGGAAAGUUUUCGUUCCCCUCUCUCCACCCUAUGAAAGGAAGGCAAAGUUUUUACACGGGACCAUUGCUUCUGCUCGCAGUCAGAAAUGGUGGAAGGCAGGAAGCAGAAUUGGUAGGUGUCAAGUUAACUAGGCCAAAUUUGAUUCUGAGUUCAGAGAAAAAAAGAGAAGUGGGAUUAGAGAACUCGUCCUUCUUCUCUUCAUACUGGAAAAAUUAUCUAUGAAUGAGUCUAUGCCUCUCCUUUUUUUUAUUCCCCCAAUGUUGUCUUACAACAAGAUGUCAUCGGGAGUUUCUGUUGUUCUUAACAGCAUUUUUGAUGGAUUUUGUUGACUUCCCAUGUUUGUCUCUGUUGGACCAACUCUGCUUGUCCUUCCUUAGCCGUUGGCUAGAGUUGACGGAAGAUGAAGAGUUUGAAGGCCAUCAAUGAGUGGGAAAAAACAGGUUUACUUCUACUUCCUCCUAGUAGAGGCUGGUGGUGUGAUGUUGUUUUGGCAACCCAACACUGAAGAACUUUUCUUUCAAGCAGGGUAAUCUUUCCUGGCGUAGAUUUUGUCCGGGACACAGCAGUUGUGCAUCAUAGAUAACAGUUGCAUGCGUAAGGAUUUGUUUUUGUUGACUUCUCCACCCAAUCCCAUCGUAUCGAUGGAUGCAACUUGUAUACUGCAUUAUUCCAUUUACCACCACUGAGGGGAGACAAAGGAUUUGUAGAUCUUUUCUUGGAAACCUGAUUGCCUCUUUUGUGCAGCUUUUGUCGGGUUUUAUAUUCACACAGAUGGAAUAUAUUGUGAAAACACAUACACACACACACACGGUUGGGAAUCUACGUUGCACAAAUGAAACACGGGGGUGUUAUUUUCUGUCCCUUCCCUCAAAAAAAGAACAAAAACAGUGUUAACGAUGGGGGGGAAAUCCGUGAGACUCCCUAAAACGGGUGUUUUAAGAGUGGUUAAUGGGAUGACACACACCCUCGGACAAAUUUAGGGCAGCUGGUUGGUUCAAAAUAGGUUAAAUUUGUGGUGUAUUUUUGUGUGAGCGUGUGUGUGUGAGGUGGAUUAAGUAUUUGUUGUGUGAAAUUAUAUUUUGAAAGAGGGGGUUGUUUAGGUUACAGGCCCUGUAGGUUUUGCCUUUUAAGGAAAUGAAUAAAUGGGCUGUUUUGAGGUCACAGAAAAUGACACUUAUGCAACAUCCUAUGAAAUGCAUGGAUUAAAACAUCUCUUUCUGAGCUAUUGGCUUCAAAAAAGACCAAGAGUGUUGUUAAGCAGUUAGGCUUUUUUCCUUUUUUUAAAACUGUUUGUGUGCGUGUGUAGGUAUGAAUGUAAUAUUCUUUUUCUUAAAGAUGCUAUGCAUUUUCUUCGUGAUGGGACACUGAAAGUAGAUUAAAGGUGUUCAUUAAUCCUAUUAAUAUUACCCUUUUUCAUAUUUAUUUUAGAUGGCCUAUUUUGUGUUUUACAAAGGGAAGCUCCCGUCUUUGAGAAUUUAGUCUGUAUUCUUAAUAUAAUUUGUUGAAUAAAAAAAUUUUUAACCAGU